CCGGCCCUGAGAAACGAGGCCGGCCGGCCAAGCAUGAAGAAUUUGCAGCUGAUGGAAGCGGCGGCGGCGCCCCCCCGCUGGAAGCGCUUCUGCCUGAAGGAGUUGCGCGGCAUCCAGAAGCUGAAGCGCAGGAGCCGGCCGGGCUUAGGAGGAAGGAUGGGAGGCGCGGGGCAAGCGGGGGUCCCGGAGCAGCAGAAGCAGCAGCAUCAGCAGCAUCAGGAGGCGGCGCGGCCGCGACCCCCGGGCUUCCCCCCCGGAGGCGGGCGAGGCGUCGGGGCUCUGCCGGGGGUCGCGCCCUUCCCAGCGGCGUUGCGCUGCCCGAGGCCGCUUUUCCCCGAGGAGGAGGAGGAGGAGUCCUCCGCGGGGGUCCCCAAGAGCCCCUCGCCCGCCGGGACCCUCCCCGCCCGGCUCUUGUAUCACGGGGGUCUCCAAGGCGGCGCCGCCUCGCCUCGCCAGCGCCCCAGCGACCCGGCCGGCGGCGGCAGUAGCGGCGGUAGUAGCGGCGGCAGUAGUAGCGGCGCCGCCUCGGAGAUCAAAACGCUGCAGCAGAGCCGGCGGCUGCUGGCCAACGCCCGCGAGCGGACCCGGGUGCACACCAUCAGCGCCGCCUUCGAGGCGCUCCGCAAGCAGAGUUAG